AUGGGAUCCUCGCUAUCUAAGAGACUCGUUCUUUUGGUCAAGGGCAAACGGCCCUCUGCAUUUCAGCAAAAGCGCGCCUCUGAUCCUGAGCUCGACUCUGACGGUGUAUGGAAGCUCCAGCGUGGAAAAAUCGGCUCUGGAGCAUCGGCCUGUGUUAGGGUCAUUUCCCGGGAGGGGCAUAGCGAGAACUUCUCCGCGGCGUCAAGUACCUGCAUGACCGGGGCAUUGCGCACCCGCGAUAUCAAGCCCGAGAACAUUGUCAUGGCAGACCCCAACUGCCUGAAGAUCUGCGACUUUGGCGACGCAAUCGUUUUCCGGGACCCCAAUGCGUCGACUCCCUCCAGUGGCAAUGGAGCUGAGCAGAUCGACUUGUGCUAUUGUCGGAACAUCGGCACAAAGGGGUACCAUCCGCCAGAGCUCGCACGACCAGAGCCCUAUGACCCGAGACCAUUCGAUGUAUGGUGUGCUGGGCUCACCUGCCUCUUCAUGUUUGUUGAGCGCUACUCGUGGGAUGUGGCCGACCCAGAGGAAGACAUAUACUACGCACUCUUCGAUGUUGGCUGGAGAGCGUUCCGCCUUAGGCAGCAGGACAGAAUUCCAACCGAUACGUUGUAUCCCGGCUGUUCGGGCUGCUUUCGAAUCCUCGACCAGACCAACGAGAUCCACGCAGGCUUCCGGACACUGAUCUUCCGGAUGCUGGACCCCGACCCAGCUAAGCGGAUCACCAUCGACGAGGCGUUGAACUUGCCCUGGGUGCAAGCCAUCAAUUGCUGA